AUGUCUGCGAUGCAGCAUAUCGAUGGCUUAGUGGAUUAUUUCGUUAUUUGUGGCUUAGACGAGCAAAUUGGCUUAGAAAUUAUGGAUAAUAUAGUGUUUGCGAUCGAAAUCCGAUACGAUUGGAGUUGGAUUGGAAGAGCUGAAUUCAUUUCAGAUGUUGGAGUGAAUGAGAAAGAAGUUGCAAAAUACUCGCUCGUUAUACUUUGCGUGCUACGCUUGAAUUGUGUAGCUCAUAACUUCACAACUGCCAAAGUAGAUACUAAAUAUGCAUUAUACAAUCAAACCAAUGCACCUUCGCUAAAAUUUGAUGACCACUGUACUAAUGUAAAUGCUAACUGUGUCGAUGAUGAUUUAUCUAAGCCACCCCUGGAAAGAUCGUAUAAGGCUAACUACAUUCAACAUUAUCCAAAAGCUAUUGAUGGCAAUCCCUUGGAUAAGGAAGCUGUUAGAAUGCUCUGCUUACCUUCGGGAUUAAGCUUUAAGAUUACCGGCGAUCGUAGAUCUCCACUAUAUCAUUCAUUUAUUAUUACUCAUAAUGACGGCAGUAGAGAAUUUGGUUAUGCUGUUACGUUUUACGAGAAGGUAACCAAUACUGAUAUACUCAUAGCUAUGAAGACCUUAUACACUAUGUAUCAAGCUGAUUUAGAGCGUCCUUCCCUACCUAAAAGUGGAAACAGUGUUUCUGACCAGGUUAAAGGACACAAAAGAAGAUUAUCAGCCCUGCAAAUAAAUCGUAGUGAUCUCGACUUCCCAAGUAGUAAUCAUCAAACUUUUGAUAUAGACGUUGAUGGUUUAUACGUUUCAAAGUGUAUUGCUCUAAUAACAUCAUUUCAACACGUCGAAGCUUAUCGUAAGAUCAUUGAAGAGCUGUUUACUGGUUUGUUUGCUGGUGCUUCUGAUACAACGCUGCCAGUAGAGACUUAUAUUUAUCACCUUCUCUAUGAGGUACCAGCGCCGCCUGCCGGUCAUUACGUAAAAUUACGCCUCUGUACUGGACUGCCUAUAACAAUUAAGAAUCCUCCGAUGCAUGAAUUACCAGUCUUUGAAUACUCGUUACGAGAACUAUUUCGACUGUUAGGCGCUCGAAAUGCUAUGGACAUUUUUAGCUGCAUGUUAUUUGAACGACAGAUUUUAUUACUUUCUUCAGAUUAUUAUCGUUUGAUGUUGGUAGCUGAAGGUCUGUCCUCUUUACUGUUUCCAUUUGCAUGGCCUCAUGCUUAUGUUCCGAUUCUGCCGUUGCCAUUAAUUAAGUUUUUAGAGGCUCCAUUUCCGUUUCUCAUGGGUAUUCAUUAUAGAAAUCAAAUCGAUAAAUCGAAGUUAAGUCUCCUCUGCGAACCAUCUGUUUGCUUUGUUGACAUUGAUAGUGGAACUGUAGAUCUGCCGGAAGAUUUAUUGCCCAUCCCAUUUAAGCAAGAAAUGAUCGACGAAAUCGAAAAUUUCGUACAAGAAAGUAGCGAAAAGUUCUCAAAUAGAUCGCUUUUGAAGUAUUCAUCUUCUUCAAUGUUCUCUAUCGCAAUACAAGAUUGUAUUCAGCUAGCAGUUUUAAAUAAUAGUUCAGCUGAUCUUGGUACAAAAGAUAGAUGCAUACAUGCGAAAGAUACUGACAAUGUGAAGAUGCAAAAUCAAUCGAAUGUAGAAUUAUUAAGUGGGUCUCAAAAAAGAUGUUGUAAUUGGUCAUCUGCCUUAGAGAAACUGGAGAAUGAGCGAAAAGAAGAGUCUGUCAGGGUUUUAUUGGAGGAACAAUGUAAUGCAUCUUUGCGAGGCUUAUUUUUGAAUUAUUUUGUCAGAUUAUUAGCUGGCUUUGAAGCUUUCAUAUUUCAAGAAGAAAGUGAUCAAAUGAAAGAUACGGGAUGCUAUUUUGAUAAAUCGGCUUUUUUAAAUGUUCAAAACAAAGAUUGGCUGCCUUUCUAUUCGUCGUUUUUAGAAUCUCAGAUGUUUGCUUCUUAUAUUGAAAGCGAAUAUGCUUUGAUAACAUGUAAUCGUAACCAUAUGAUUUUUAUGAAUAAGAUUAAGAUGUUCCAUAAACAUUCUCUGGAAUUGUCCAUAGCGUCAUUUGUCGAUGAACCACUUUCUGAGUCGUUCGAAACUGAUAGCACCGAAAUUGAAAUAUCUGUUUCUAUAAACGAAUCCUGUAAGAAUGCCACUAGUGAAGGGCACGUAAUGGCCGGACAAGGACUGGAGUGUAAAUUGAACGAAGUUGUUCUAAAUAGUGGUCCGUUUAAGGUCUGCACCCGCAAAGUUGAAUUACCUGCUGCUUUAGGAUCGCAAUCGGAAAAUCGACAGCAGGAUGUUACAAACAGACUUGUUGUCGCAAAGGUUGGAAAAGAUGCUGUUAAUUUAGGACUUCGAUCUAUUGAGGUAGAAGAAACUACGCUGAUUGCUGGUCUUAUCGAAUUAUUGGAACGAAUCUUCAAACAUGAGAUUAUGGGAAAAUUAAAAAAGAGUCGGUCGUCGGUAAUAUGGACUUAUCUGCAACGCUACAAGGACACGAUUCGAACACCAAGGUCUAGGUCUUCCACUAUCGCUGUUGCUUCUUGUGACCGGAAAAUGUUCAAAAAUGACAUAUCUAGAAUUAUGCCGGGACAGUUAGAAUCUGGCGGUAUUCUUGAAAAAUUAGUCAGGCGUUCAACUUUACUAAAUGAUCUAUGCAUUAUUGCCAGGAUUGAUGAAAUAGAAACCGAUUCUGGUUUCACUAGAGCGUUCAUACGGUUAUGCUUAGAGAAAAAGUGUUUAUCCGAUCACUUUCGUGAGCUCUUAUAUAAAUGUGAUUUCAUUCGCCAAAAUUACAAAGAUAAUGCCUUCGUAGUAGGCGAAGAAGAGAGAGAGCAAUUUCUAUACCAUUUAUUGUCUCUUAACGCUGUAGACUUUUUCUGCUUUACGGAUUAUUAUUUAACGUUUGAAAUACAAAGUAAAUUUAGUAAUUACGUAAUAGGAUUUACACCUGCCUGGUAUUUAGAAGAAGUUUUCGUGCAAGACAUAACUACUCUUCAAGUAUAUAGAUUUUCCUACAAUCAAUGGAUCAUUAAAGGUGAAGAUAGUCUGCAUAAAGAAGCUGACGGCGAAGUUGUCAGCUGGAAAUCUUUGUCUAAUGAAACUCUUAAGAUUGCGGCAAGGCACAAGAGCUAUGAUACUGAAAGUGAUCGAAAUAAUACACGCGUGCUAAUACAAGACAACAAUGGAGAUGUAGCUACAGUUAGCAAAAACGAAAUAGUUAAUGUUAAUAUUAAAAAGUUACAAAGUGCAAUCAAUCGUGUAUUACAGCUCCCAGUUUCGUCGACUCAGGAAUAUUCACGAGCUACGGAUGUACUAUGUGAAGAAGAUGGGCUAUGUUCUAUAAUUGAAAUGAUUCUAAUGGAUGGUCGUAAGAAAUUUCGGCAAACUAGUAAACUUUCCUUUUCACAUAUCUGGAGUUAUUUCGAGAAAGCCAGCAGGUUCUCUAGGACCUUACCAUCUCAAGUAAACAGAGUAGCUUGCAAUCGCUUUAUUUACCUAAUUAAUCUCAUUAAUCGAGAGAAAAUUAGUGUUAAUAAUGACCUAAAGUUCCAAAUGUUAAUCUGCAUAGGAGCGAAAAAUAAUGAUGCUAUCAAGCAGAUGAUGCAAGAACUAGAUAGACUAAAUGAUUGCGUUAUUGUUUUGGAAAGUUACUUGGUUCAAGGAAUCGAUUGA